AUGGUCGCCACAUGCCCUGGCGUACUGCUCCGCCCCCGGCAAGCCAGAGGGACGGUUGCGACUGCAGCCCAGAGCGAUGCUGGAGAGACCAGGCCAAGAGCCAAACGACGAGUGCUGGUGAUAGGCAUUGCUGGCGCAAGUGGUUGCGGGAAGAGCACAGUGGCUCAAAAGCUGGCCCAGAACAUGGGGUCUCCUUUUACCCCGAUCAGCCUGGACAACUACUUGAUGCCAAAGUGGAUGCCCAAGGGGAACUGGGAGACGCCCGCGGGCGUCGACUUCCAGACCUUGACGUCUGACGUCAAGAAGGCGGUCAAUGUGCUUGCCCAGGCAGAAACAGUCCCAGAUCGGCUCCUGCUCGGUCCAAGCACCUCUCGAGCCGACGUCAUCUGCAAGGGUCAGGGAGGCCGCCGGCUGAACUCAGAGCAGGUGGUUCUCUUCCUCGAAGGUUUUCUGCUGUUCUAUCAGCAGAGCCUCGCCAAGCUCUUCCAGGCAAAAAUCUGGAUAGAUGCAUCGCUUGAGACAUGCAUGCAGAGGCGCUUCAAGCGUGCCAAGGGCAAGCGCAAGAAGGCCAAUAACGCAGAGAAAGAGGCUUGGUUUCGCGACCAGGUUUGGCACCACUACGAACAGUAUAAGGAGUGCCAGCUUGGGAAUGCCUCUGAUGCGCUCAAAGUAGACGGAGACCUGCCCAAAGACGAAGUUUACUCUGAAUGUCUCCGCUUCUGCACUGAGAGAUCGAGAAAGGCGGCUCUGAAGAAGCCAGCAGUGGUAUUGCUACCCAAGCAGUCGUUGCCGGAGGCUGCCAAGAAGCCUUCCCCAAAGCCACUGCCGAAAAAGCGGCCACUGCAGCCUCGAGAGCCAGACUACCCCCCGAAGUCCCACCAGGGUCCCGACAUGGUGUGUGAUCAGCGUGAUCCCGUCUGGAAGCCUUUGCCAAAGAAGCGCCCGCGACAGCGGGUGGAGCAAGGCUACAAUGACUGGCACGUUGCCUCGGGCAUACGUCAGGUCCGCGCCGGCGGUGGUGCUCUUCCUGACCGGGCCCUGCCAGAAGCACAGCUGGCACAGGGUGUGGCAAUCUACCUCCGUCCCAAUGUGCAGUGGCGAAAGAGGGCCAGGACUUCAGGAAUCCUAAGCCUCUUUGGCUACAGCGAUGUGGGACGCUGGGAGCGGGCGCGGGAGAAGUUCGAGGAGGCCUGGCCACAAACCGUCACUGCACUGGUAUUCCUCUUGCAUGCUCUUCUUCCUGCCAUUUCCACCAUGUCUUCUUUGUCUGUGGUGCUCAGUGCUCUUAGCCCAGCAGCUGAGCUGCAUGGGUGGCAGGGCUGGGAUCUUCUGAACCGAGUUGCUUGUGCUUCGCUGGGACUUUACAGUCUUUUCUCGGUCGUCCUUCACCAGCUGCAGAGGGAGUAUCCCGAGGACGAGCUGUCGACAGCGAGCGUCACCGUGCGGGCGAUCGUGCGAGGAGUGCUCGUGAUCCGCGUGGCAUCACGAGCCGUGUGCUUUCUUGCAGCCUGGUUGUAUGUGCUCCUCAUCAUCGACUUCGGAGCGGACCAGCUUUGGUUCUGGCGGGAAGGGCUUCAGCAAGGCACACCACUGGGAAUCUUGGGUCCCAUGGCUUGGCUACUGGAUGCAGAGCGCUCGCACCUGUUUGCCAACGAGAAGUCCGUCAUCUUCUGCAUGAACCUGAUAAGUGUGAUCUCCCAGCAGCGAUUGGUGGAAGUGUUGUCACGCCGUGAAGUGCUCUUGCGAUUAAUCGGUGCCGAGCGGGUGAUGGCAUCUACCAUAUGCCUCCUUUUGAAGGGCGUGGCCGUUGCAUGCACCCCAUCGAAGAGUGCAAACCCAAUUGCUGAAUUUCUGGUGCGUGUGGCUCCUCCACCAGCAUGUUGCGUUGCCAUCGUGGCCUUGCGAGACCAUGCGUUGCCGCUGGGCAUUGCAGUCGUAGUCGCGCCCCGCGUCACGGCCAUGCUCGGCAGUUCCAGCUGCAUGUUGGUGGGCUUGUGUUGUGGCGCCUACGCUGCACACGCCGUCCUCUCGGUGUGGUACUCCUACCGCGGCGACUUGGACUCUGCCGCCCUUCGUUUGGCAAUGCUUGUCCCAGGAGGUGUUUCGAGCCAGGCAAAGGGACUUCUCCGCGGGGUCCUUGCGGGAGCGCACCGCCGCGCUGUUCAGUUGAUGGCCAUGGGCAUCCUGCAGCGAGCUUUCCGCUGGCUGACACAGCGGUAA